AUGGAGACACUAUCAAAAAAACAGACCUCACAGGACAGAAAGCAUCAAGUGGAGCAGAAGAUGACUGAUGAGGACCAAAAGCUCAUGGCUGUAGAGGCUCUGGACCGCAGGAACAACUGGGAGCCCAGUGUGUUCUACUCACUGGGGAAAGAGUCCUUCUGCUUUGUGGGACACGACAUCAGUAUCAGAGAAUCUAUAGAUACAUAUGGUGCCCUGAUAUGGCCUGGGUGUGUUGCGUUGUGCCAUUUUUUGGUGAAUAACCAACAACAAAUCAACUUUAUGGAUAAAGCAGUGCUGGAGAUUGGUGCAGGGACGGGGUUGCUUUCCAUUGUGGCCAGUCUGUUAGGUGCCUGGGUGACUGCAACUGACAAGCCCGACAUUUUGUCCAAUCUCACCUUUAACCUUCUACGAAACACAAAGGGACGCUCGCGCUACACUCCUCAGGUGGCUCCUCUGACCUGGGGUCUUGACCUGGACAGAGACUUUCCCCAUCCACCCUUCCACUACGACUAUGUGCUGGCUGCAGAUGUGGUUUAUCACCAUGAAUGCUUGGAGGAACUGUUGAAAACCAUGCACCAUUUCUGCAGACCAGGCAGCACCACCACUCUACUUUGGGCCAAUAAGAUCCGUUUUCAGUCUGACCUGAAGUUCACCGAGCGCUUCAAGGGGAAUUUUCACACCACACUGCUGUCCGAGCUCCCACAGCAGGAAAUCAGGAUAUAUAUGGCCACAGCAAAGUGA